UAGUAGAGCAGUGCUAGAAGUGCUGCUUCUGGACCUACUGCUUGUAGGUUUGAAUCUAAUCUCCUACAGUAGUAUCCUUAAACAAGGGCUCUGCUAUGGUGGCUCUGCCGGGAAGGAGUUUGCAACCACCUUUAUGCAGAACUAUGUGUAUACAAGAGAUAUGCCUCGAUUCUAUAUCCAAGUCUCAGCAAUAUGGCCCAAUACUACAGUCACAGUAAGAGUUCCCACACUUAACUUUAUGCAGAAACAGGUGCUUGAAGCAGGUGAGGGAUCAACUAUUCAUCUUCCUAAAGAUGUGGAGAUGUAUGGCACUCAGAAAUUAGGCAAGACAGUCCUAAUAGAGUCCACUCAGGAGGUGCUAGUGCAGUCUCUCAACUUCAAGAUGUACACUGCAGACACCGCUGUGCUUUACCCUGUAUCAGCUUGGGGAACUGAGUACCUUGUCUUUUCACCUGUAGUGAAUUACUUGGGUGUCUUUCCAGAAUUCUCAAUCAUCAACCACAAAGAACAAAACACAGUUGACAUCAUUCCUCAGGUAGUCAUUGUGUUUGAGGGUCAAUCCUACAGGCCUGGUAGUAAGCUUACCAUAGAACUUGAACCUUACCAGAGUGUGCAGCUUCAGAGCGUCAAUGACCUGACCAACACCAAGGUAGUCUCCAAGCUUCCUGUUGCUGUAUUUGUUGGACACUCAUGCUAUAUCAAGUUCACUAAGUGCAACCAUGUCUUUGAGCAGCUGAUACCAGUUAAAAGCUGGGGAACAAACUUUCUUGUGCCACCCUUGAGCUUCCAGGACAAAUAUGAUAAUGUCUACAUUCAAGCAUCCAUGUCAACUUGCCUGACAGUAACAUCAGGGGGGGUGUCUCAAGACAUAACUAUUGGCCAGGGCCAGAGCCAGGAAUUCAACCUUGUGACCCCCAAUACCAUCUACAUUAAUGCUAACAAAGGUAUACAGGUCUUUUUCCUCUUCAAUGGGGCCCUGCAGUCCUCAGGUGUUGAGUUUGACCCUUUCCUCAUGAGCAUUCUGCCCACUGACAACUUCUGCACCUCAUACAUCCUAAAUGGGCAGAGUGACUUUGACAACUUUGCACUGUUUCUGGUUCAAACACGUGACCUUGGUGGGCUGCUGUUUGAUGGUGCACCUCUGCCCAAAAAUCUCCAGUGGCGAAUAGUCAAUGGAUCGGAAUACUCUUGGGCUGAAAUGCCCUACUCUUCAGGAGCUGGUCAGCACAAAGCAGAACAUCGCACCUCACCAUUUGGUCUCUACAGCAUGGGUGUGAGCUUGAAGAAUGGAUAUGGAGCCCCAGCCCUGUGCAGCAAGCCAGGGGUUCUCCAGCCACCCAGAUCCAAGAUGGGAACCUGCUGGGCAAGAGGAGAUCCUCACUAUUUCACAUUUGAUGGUCGUUACUUUGAUUUCAUGGGCACAUGCACCUAUAUCCUUAGCAAAAACUGCCAGAACAAUGGCAGUCUGCCCCUGUUUCAAGUGGAGGCCCAGAAUGACAAUCGUGGCAAUAUACUUGUCUCUUUUGUGGCCUUAGUUACAGUUAAAGUCUACAAUGUCACCAUUAGUGUUGCCCGCUCUGAGGUUGGCCAUGUCAGGCUUGAUUAUGGCAUUUGGAGUCUCCCUGUAAUUAUUGACAAAGUCCAGAUUUUCCAGACUGGACGGUUUGUAGUGAUUCAGACGGACUUUAACCUGAUCGUGAAGUAUGACUGGGACCAAAAUUUGGUGAUCUCUCUGCCUGAUGACUACAAGGAUAAAGUUUGUGGCUUGUGUGGAAACUUCAAUGGCAAUCCCAGUGAUGAUUUUGCCACUCCAAGUGGCACCCAGGCUGCCAGCAUUGUGGAAUUUGGGCGCAGCUGGAAGGUGCUAGAGCUGAGCCCUGCUGCCAGUUGCCAAGAUGACUGCCCAGGCCAGUGCCAGUGCAUUGGGAACAGCAUGCUGAAUACGUGGAAGGGAGAUCUGUUCUGUGGGCUCCUUACCCGCAUUCCAGAUGGCCCAUUCCGCCUGUGCCAUGCUACCAUUGACCCUAAACCCUAUCUGGAAAACUGCGUAUUUGACUUGUGUUUAGGUGGUGGCCUGAGCCUGUACCUUUGCAAUGCUCUUGAAGCAUAUGCCACAGCAUGCCAGCAUGCUGGCAUUGAAGUAUACAACUGGAGAGAGAUCUCAGGAUGCUCUGCUAAAUGCCCAGAGAACAGCUACUAUGAGUCUUGUGGAAGCGCUUGUCCUGCCACCUGCUCUGACCACUUUGCCCCUUCUACCUGCAAGUACUCCUGUGUAGAGACUUGCACCUGCAAUGCAAGCUUUGUCCUCAGUGGGGGAAAAUGUGUGCCUGCUGCCCGUUGCGGCUGCACUUACCAGGGCCGCAGCAUCUCCCCAGGAGACUCCUUCUGGGCAGACCAGGCCUGCCUCAAGUUCUGUUACUGCAACCCUAUCAACAGUCAGCUGGAGUGCCGUGACAGUGGGUGCCGAGCAGGAGAACGGUGUGGUGUAGUGAAUGGUAUCCGGGGAUGUCAGCCCAUAUCCUAUAGCAGAUGCUCAGCAACUGGGGACCCCCAUUACGUUAGUUUUGACGGGACCCGCUUCGACUUCCAGGGUACCUGUGUGUAUCAGUUGGUCGGUGUCUGCUCAAAGGAUCCAGCCUUAGAACCCUUCCAGGUAUUGGUGCAGAACAACUUCCGGGGAAGCACAGUGGUCUCCUACACCAAAAUAGUGGAGAUUAAAGUGUAUAACGUGAGCAUUGUCAUCAGCAAGGACAAACCUAACCAGAUUAUGGUAAAUGGUCUGCUCACCCUCCUGCCAGUGUACCUGGAUGGAAUCCAGGUGUCCAUCUACAAGAGUGGACUGAAUGCAGUUGUGAAAACCAGCUUUAAUCUGAUGGUGUCCUUUGACUGGAACAGUGCUGUAUUUGUCACCCUCCCCAGCACCUAUGCAGGCUCUGUCUGUGGUCUGUGUGGCAACUUCAAUAGCAACCCUCGGGAUGACCUAACCAUGAAGAAUGGUCAGCUGACACCCAACCCCACUGACUUUGGCCGCAGCUGGCUAGUGGAAGAAAUCCCAGGCUGUGUCCACAGCUGUACCGGAGUCUGCACAGUCUGUGACACCACCCAGAAGCAACAGUAUGGGAGCAAUACAUUCUGCGGGCUCUUGCGUGACCCUAACGGGCCUUUCCGUAACUGCCAUGCCAUUGUGGACCCCAGUGGCUACUUUGAGGACUGUGUAUAUGAUGUUUGCCUUUACAAGGGCAAAAGGGACAUGCUUUGCCAAGCAAUCACUGCCUAUAUGUCAGUCUGCCAGGACAGUGGAGCCAAAGUCGAAGCUUGGAGGGCAAAGCAGUCUUGCGAUGUGAAAUGCCCUGCCAACAGCCACUAUGAGGUGUGCUCCACAGGCUGCCCAGCCACAUGCUACAGUUUAUCCUCACCAUUCGCAUGCAGUGCCCCUUGUCGGGAAGGCUGCACCUGCAACGAUGGCUUCAUUCUCAGCGGUACCCUUUGCGUGCCCUUCUCCCAGUGUGGCUGUCUCUACAAUGGCACCUACUAUAAGGUUGGUGACAUCUUGCCCAGUAUGGCAUGUCAAGAGGAGUGCAAGUGCACACAAUUCAACAAGGUUCAAUGCCAGGCAUUUUCUUGUGGCCCCAAUGAGAGGUGUGAGGUGGUAGAUGGCAUCCAGAAAUGCCAGCCAGUUGGUACAGGGGUGUGUUCUGCCUCAGGGGAUCCACACUACAAGUCCUUCGAUGGACUCCUAUAUGACUUCCAGGGCACCUGCACCUACACCCUGGCCAAGGCCUGUGGCCUUGAAGGCAUGCGCCUUGUUCCUUUUGAAGUGCAGGUGGAGAAUGAGAAAUGGUGGCCCCAACUGCCCAACAGGAAGGUUUCUGUUUCCAAGCUUGUGGCACUGGAGGUCUAUGGCUAUGUCCUGAUUUUGCAGAAGAACAUGCUGGGAGUGAUGGUGAAUGGGGUUUUCAGUAACCUCCCACUGAAUUUGAACAACAGUGCUGUGGUGGUGUACAAUGAUGGUUCCAACUAUGUCAUGCAGACUAACUUCAGUUUAGUUGUCACAUAUGACCUGGUGUACCAUGUCACUGUCACAGUCCCUGGAAACUACCGCACAAAGACAUGUGGCCUGUGUGGCAACUUCAAUGGGGACAAAACUGAUGAUUUCCGCUUCCCCAAUGGUACCCUCACUAAGGACAUCAACACUUUUGGAACAGCAUGGAAGGUAGCCAUUCCAGGAGUGAUGUGUGACAAUGGCUGCUCAGGGAACACUUGCCCAGACUGUCUCCCUGGUCUCAAAGCCAUUUUUGAAAACCCAAGCUACUGUGGCAUCCUCAAGGUUCCCAAUGGCCCUUUCUCUGCCUGCUACAACAAGCUAGACCCAACCCCUUACUUUAAUGACUGCGUCUAUGACCUCUGUGCAUCCGAUGGCAAUCGCAAAGUGGUAUGUGACACCAGUUCUGCUUAUGUGUACAAUUGCCAGCGAGCAGGAAUACGAAUUGACAGCUGGAGGACACCCUACUUUUGUCCAAUGUCCUGCCCACCCAACAGCCACUAUGAGAUCUGUGCAUACACUUGUUCCAUGGCCUGUGCUGGUGUGUCUGACAUCACAUCAUGCCCCACUAUGUGUUCAGAGGGCUGCACCUGCAAUCCUGGAUUUGUCUUUAAUGGCCAGGGUUGUGUGCUGCCAGACCAAUGCAGCUGCUAUGAGAAUGGGCAUACUUACAAGCCAGGUGAAGUGGUAUAUGAGGACGAAUGCACUCGGAGGUGCAUGUGUGACACUACAAAGGGUUUGCUUUGUGAGACCUACACCUGCCCAAGUGGAACCAAGUGCACUGUCCAGAAUGGUGUCAAGGCAUGCUUCCAUACUGAUCCCUGCAGAGAUAAAAACUGCCGGGUCAAGGAAACAUGCGUGGUCAAGAACAAUGAGGCGGUUUGUUUCCCUCAGUACACAGGCACCUGCUGGGCCUCGGGUGACCCUCAUUACCACACUUUCGAUGGGUACAAUUAUGACUUCCAGGGGACUUGCACAUACACAAUCUCUGCCACAUGUGGCAACUUGACAGGCCUGGUGCCCUUUUCCAUCAAAGAGAGGAAUGACAAUCGAGGCUCCUCCCUUGUGUCCUACAUCCGUGAUGUAGAGGUGUCGGUGUACAGCUUCAACAUCACCAUGGGCAACUACCAGUAUGGCCGCAUAAUGGUGAAUGGCGUGGUACAGAACUUGCCUGUGUACCUGACAGAUAAGCUGUCUGUGUCCCAAGUAGGCAACAUGGCUGUGCUGCAGACAGAUUUUGGCCUGUACGUUUCAUACGACUGGUUCUGGCAGCUGGUUGUGCAGCUUCCUAGCAGUUACUAUAACAGCGUGUGUGGGCUGUGUGGCAACUUCAACGGCAACCGCAGUGAUGACAUACGUGACCCUGCUGGCAACAUGCUGUCCUCCGUGGUCAACUGGGCCAAGAGCUGGAGGGUGGAGGACCCAGACAACCUGUUCUGCUGGGACACCUGCAAGACAGAGUGUCCCACAUGUGAUAACAACCUUGUGAGGCUAUACCAGGCAGAAGCCUAUUGUGGAGCUCUCACGAACAGCGUAAAUGGCCUCUUCCAGCAGUGCCAUGGCACAGUGGACCCCCAGGUCUACAUGAACAACUGUGUCUAUGAUGUGUGUGUCAACAAGGGUGACAAGACAACGCUGUGUCAGGCACUCGCCUCCUACUCUGACAUGUGUCGCCGAGAGGGCAUUGUCAUCAAAGGAUGGAGGGAAAAGUCUGGCUGCCCAAUGAACUGCCAGCCACACAGCCAUUAUGACCCAUGUGCCAGUCCAUGCUCUCUGUCAUGCCCAUUCCCAGAACGGCAACCUACCUGCACAGGCACCUGCAUAGAGGCCUGUGUAUGUGAUGAUGGCUAUGUUCUAAGUGCUGGCCAGUGCAUGCCUGCUGCAUCUUGCGGUUGUUCCUACCAGGGGUGCUAUUACAAGCCACUUGAGCGCUUCUGGCUUGAAGGCUGCCAGCAGCAGUGUGAGUGUGACCCUACCUUCCGCACAGUGGUGUGCUGGAAUGCAGCCUGCGGCCCCGGCGAGCAAUGCUCUGUCCAGGAUGGUACGCGUGCUUGCCGGCCCAUCAGCUACGCCACGUGUACGGCUGCAGGGGACCCCCAUUAUCUCACCUUUGAUGGGUACCACUUCGACUUCCAGGGCACUUGCAUGUACCAACUGGUGGGAUUGUGCUCAAAGGAGAGCAGGCUCACAUCAUUCAAUGUCACAGUACAGAAUGAUAACCGUGCCAACAGGGCUGUGGCCUUCACCAAAGUGGUAACUGUGGAGCUCAGCAGUAUCACAGUGACCCUUAGCAAGGAUUACCCCUACAAGAUCCUGGUGAAUGGCCAGGCUGUAUGCCUGCCCUUCUACAAUGACAAAAAGCUGAUGGUCUUCCGCAGUGGCCAAACUGCAGUACUGGAAACAGAUUUUGGACUCCGGCUGACCUUCGAUUGGAACAGUGUGGUCCACAUCACUUUGCCUAGUACCUAUCAGAAUGCAGUCUGUGGCCUGUGUGGCAACUAUAAUGGUAAUGCCUCUGAUGAUCGUACCAUGCGGAGUGGGGCUCUGGCCCCAGGUGAGGUCCAGCUGGGAUCCAGCUGGCAGGUGGGCAUAGCAUCUGGCUGUUCCUCUGAGUGUACAGGCCCCUCAUGUAAGGUCUGCUCCAGCUCCCAGAGAGAAGCCUACCGAGCUCCACAAUACUGUGGCUUCAUCAUGGACCCUGCAGGCCCCUUCAAGGCAUGCCAUGCCUAUGUGAACCCAAUGUCUUACAUGCAAGACUGCAUGUUUGAUGCCUGCCAGUACCAAGGUUACUAUGUUGCUGUGUGUGAUGCCAUUGCUGCCUAUGUAUCUGCCUGUCAGAGUAUGGGAGUGACCAUCCAGCCCUGGAGGAACAGCUCUUUCUGUCCCAUGACCUGCCCUGUGAACAGCCACUAUGAACUGUGUCCCACCGGCUGUCCAGCAACAUGUGCUCGCCUGCCAGCCCCUGCCCGCUGCGGUGUACUCUGCAGGGAGGGCUGCCAGUGUAACGAUGGCCACUUACUGAGUGGUGAUGUCUGUGUGCCUGUGGCCCAAUGUGGCUGCACCUAUGGCGAACGCUACUAUAAGAAGGGUGAUAUCUUCUACACGCAGGCAAACUGCCAGGAACAGUGUCAGUGUGGUGAUAAUGGUGCUGUCUCCUGUCAAGCAUCCCAGUGCCGCCUUGGUGAGGCCUGCCAACUGGCUAAAGGUGUCCAGGGGUGCCACCCUACAGGGUUUGCCAAGUGCAUUGCCAGUGGAGACCCACACUACAUUUCCUUCGAUGGACGCUGGUUUGACUUCCAGGGCACCUGUAUCUAUAUACUUGCCAAAGUAUGCAAUGACAGCCAGGGCCUGACACCUUUCACUGUGCAAGAGGAUAAUGUUAAGUUUGGUAAUGGCAAGGUGGCUGUCACCAGGGGAGUGACCAUUCAGGUUUAUGGUUACACUGUCUCCAUAAAGCAAGGGAUGAGAUGGGCUGUAUUGGUGGAUGAAGACCUGUUAAACCUGCCCUUCUCCUUGAAUGGAGGCCGCAUCAUUGUUAACCAAGAGGGACUCAACAUUGUAGUGCAGACUGACUUUGGACUGCAAGUGCUCUACGACACCACAUACUAUGUUGUGGUAACUGUGCCCUCCACUUACCAAGGCAACAUGUGUGGACUGUGUGGCAAUUACAAUGGCAAUGGCUUGGAUGACUUCCGUUUGCCAACUGGCCAGCAGGUGUCGGAUGUGGACACAUUUGGGAAAUCAUGGGCAGCAGGUCAACCAGAGACUCUAUGUGGAGGCUGUGGGGGACAGUGCCCCAUGUGCAGUCAGGAUAAAAGAGUUCAGUAUAGCCAGCCAAACUCCUGUGGCAUCAUUAGUACUGCCAAUGGGCCAUUUAGUGACUGCCAUGCAAAGGUGGGACCUCAGCCCUACUUCCAGCAUUGUGUGUUUGACGUAUGUGCUCUGAACGGUGACAACACAACCCUUUGCAAGAGUAUCCAGGCUUACGCCAUCGCUUGUCAGAAUGCUGGGGUCCAGAUUCAGCCCUGGAGAACUAACACCUUCUGCUCAAUCACCUGUCCAAUAAACAGCCACUAUGAGUUGUGCGCCAAUACCUGUGGCACCAGCUGUGCCAGCCUGACAAUGCCCAACACCUGCAGCAACCAGUGCUUUGAGGGCUGCCAGUGUGAUUCUGGAUUUGUUUCAAAUGGCAAUUCCUGUGUGUCCAUGAACUCCUGUGGAUGCAUCUAUGAAGGCCAGUACCUAAAGGUCGGUCAAUACGUUGUGAACAAGGUCUGCAGUGACCGUUGUGGAUGUCAGCCGUCGGGAAUCGCAGUCUGUGAGGCAAUCAGUUGUGCUAAUGGCAAAGUCUGCAGUACCCAAGAUGGAGUUCGGGGUUGCUAUGUGAAGGAGGGCAUCUGCAGGGUCAGGCAAGGGGGCCUCGUGACUUCCUUUGAUGGCAUGGAAGGGACACUGGACCUUGACGGCGCCUACGACCUAUCAUUCCUGUGCGACCGGAACUCUGCCCAGUGGUUCCGCAUUGCUGUGGGCAUUCACAACCAGAAUGGCAUCCUUGGCAUCUCUGCUGUCUUCGUAUUCUGCCUUGACACUACUAUCGUUAUCAGCAGCCGGCAGACCUCGGUAAAUGGUAAAAAUGUGACCAUGCCCAUCACACUCAAAAAUGGGAUCUCUAUCAGUGUAAAGGACAAUGUGGAGGUCACCCACACAUCUGGAGAGCUGCGUGUCUCUUUCUCAGCUGCCCAAGGAGUCAAGGUGACUGUGGGCAGCAGCCUAGCUGGCAAGCUCUGUGGUGCCUGUGGGAACUACAAUGGAAACAGCAGGGAUGACUUACCAGAGAUUGGUACCAGCGUCUCGGAGGCCAUCAACUCCUGGCGGGUCCUUGAUCUAUUUGCAUGAGGAGCACAUUGCACCUAAACUUGAUGCUUGCUGGUGGACAGUGCUAAUAUAGCACAUGCCCGCUGUAUACAACAGGCUCAUAGGCUAGGGAUUCAAACCUGAAACUGGAUAGGUGAUUGGUUGAAUGUCAGUUGGAGCUUAUCUUUAUGAUGGACUGAUAAACUGAUUGCUUAAAAGUUUCCAUAGCAAAAUGUUCUCCAUUUAAUUGUCAUGUCUUUUGACUGUCAAAAUGAAUAUGCAAAUAAACAAACAAUGGACAAGCUGAACUU